AUGGAUGAAUGCGACCAUCUUGAUACUGAUGAGGUGCCCUUUCCUCAAAGACCCAUUGUAAUCCUCGGUGCGGGGAUCAUUGGCUGUGCGACAGCCCGGCAAUUACUGCUGAAUGGAUUCCCCGUGAUAUUGGUGGCCGAAUAUCUACCAGGAGACCAGAAUAUUUACUAUGCAUCGGCUUGGGCAGGAGCGGCGUGGCAUGCUGCGGGAGGUAUUACUCCCGAUCAACGAUACCUUCAAGCUGUCACACAUCGCAUCCUACUCAAGAUGGCACAAGAUGGACCCGAGGCAGGGGUGAGCAUUGUCAACGCACGAGAAUACCUCGAACAGAAACCUGCCCCUGACUCCGCGAUAUGGGAUCCCACGAGGCAUAUGCCUUAUCUUAAGAAACAGGUUGAGUCCCUUGGGGGUCAUUUUAUCCGCCAACGUGUCGAGUCUCUUCAGGAGCUGUAUGAUAUCUUCCCCGAAUCACGGGUGUUUAUCAAUGCGAGCGGUUGGGGCAGUAAAACCCUGACGGAUGUGCAGGAUGAUAAUUGUUUCCCGGAGCGAGGGCAGAAUGUGUUUCUGGCCACUGAUCAAUGCCACACACUCUACUUGCGAAAUGGCAAGGAAUAUACUUAUGUGAUCCCCCGGCCUCUGUCUAACGGCGUGAUCCUCGGUGGAGUGAAACAACAAGGUAACCUGUCACCUGAAGUCGAUAUGGAUAUCGCAUGGGAUGAGAUUGCACGCGCGCAUCGGUUAGCUCCUGAAAUUGUUCCCGAACAGCCAGCCGCAGAUAAAGUGAGUUACAUUAUUGGAAUCCGACCCUCCCGAAAAGGAGGGUUCCGUCUCGAGUCGGAGCGAAAGGGCAACCGGGUGGUGUUGUCAGCCUAUGGGUUUGGGGGUGGCGGGUUUGCCUUUUCAUAUGGGAUUGCCGAUGCGUUGGUCAAGAUGGUGGAGAGGGUUGAGCGUGAAAAUGUGAUCUAG